AUGGAAAACUCUCAAUAUGACCUAAUGAUAUUAUUAACGGCAUGCCAACAAUUGGAGGUUCAGAAUUUCAUGAAACCGGUGGAAAUUAUUCGGUAUGUGGAACGUAACUUUUUCAUCCGUGAAUUACUUAUUCCAGCUAAUUCCUUACCAUGUUUUCUCAGCCUUCAUUUAACAAGAAGAAGAUUCGUUGGAGGCGCUAUUCUGUUAUGCCUAGUCGCUGUAGUCUGCGCACACACCGCGAGACACUUGGGUAACAACUGGCUGAUAAUGCAAAGGCGAUGGCCACAGUAUUUGAACACGUGUCGGAGCCCUUACCCAGAAAUGGGCUAUCGAGCUAUGGGGAGAGGAGCCAGACUGCGAUUACAACAAAUAUAG